AUGUCACGAUAUGAUUUCGGGAAAGUGCAGGUGCCAUUGGUUGGGGCUUCAAUGGCAAUACAUAAUUUUAUACGCCGCAACUCGAGCGACGAUGAAGCAUUCAACAAGAUUAUGAAUGCAGAGAAUUUUAUAUUCAACGACAUGCCAAAUGUUGACGGUCUUUGUGAUGAUGAUGAUGGUGAACCAGAGGGCGACGAUGACAUACAUAUGAACGAAAUGAGGAAAUCAAUACGGAAUGAAUUAGUGCGACAUCGGCGUCAACUUGGGUUUCUAAGGUCCCUCACCCCCCGUGCCUUUAUAUUACACCUGCACUCUCAUAGCCAGAGAGGAUAUCCAAGUCAAGAACAUAAAGGUCUGAAUUUGAUUCUCGUUGGUCAAAACCCCGAGAAACUCAAGGAGGUUUCGGAGUCGAUCGGAGCCAAAUUCAGGAAAACCCAGAUCAAGACUGUGGUUGUUGAUUUCUCUAGAGAUUUGAACGAAGGGGUUAAUCGGAUUCGUGAAACCAUUGAAGGUCUGGAUGUUGGAGUUCUGAUCAAUAAUGUUGGAGUUUCGCAUCCUUAUGUGAGGUUUUUCCAUGAGGUGGACGAGCAAUUGUUGGCUGAUUUGAUUAAAAUCAAUGUUGAAGGGACUACCAAAGUUACACAAGCGGUUUUGCCUGGGAUGAUUAAGAGAAAGAGAGGUGUGAUUGUUAAUAUUGGUUCUGGUGCCGCCAUUGUUAUCCCUUCUGAUCCACUUUAUGCUGUAUACCUCGCUUCUCUGUGUCUUUGA